UGGGCCGUCAGAGCUGGAGGAGGGGCCUGUCGCUGGCCCCAUAUAUAUGAGCAGUAGGUUGUGGAGUUGAACAUAAAACAUGACAAUGGUCUACUCUACCAAACUCACUCUUGUCAUGUUGGCUUUUCGUUCCUCUGUUAUGCUGACCUCAGGUGCUGGCAUCCCUGAGGUGGUCACCAAUCUGGGGGACACUGACACUGAGGUGUUCACCAGAGAAGGAGAAGAUGCCAUCUUACCGUGUGGUCUGGGUUCCCCGGUGAACCUGAAGGAUGAGGUGGUUGACUGGAAGAAGAAGCAGCAGGAGGUGUUCUUUUAUGAAAAGGGCAAGCAUUACAACAACGGCAAGCGUGGACAAGACCCCCAGUUCGGGGGCAGGGUGCACCUUCUCCCAGGGGGGCUGCAGGCCGGUGACGCCUCUGUGAUCCUGUCCAGUGCGACCCAGGCUGACGGCGGAGUGUAUUCUUGCUUCUUCCCACCUUUGGGACCGACGAGAUUGAUCCGGCUGACUGUAGAGCGCGUCCCCGAUGACACUCCCCCAAAAAUCAGGAAGGCGGGCCAUUGGUUGACCGGCGAUCAUGAAGAGGUCCUCGGCAAUGGUCCAUGGAAGGCCAUAGAUGUUUCUUUCAUUGUUCUCUUUAUUUUAUCAUUUGGAGUUAAUAUUUACCAAUUUACCAAAACUAAUAACUGUAGGAAAGGUCAUGGUCAACAAGCAGUCCCUGAUUCUGAUAGUUCUGAUUGAAGCGGUGCCUAUUGGUCCUGUCCCCGUCGUGAUGCCGCUGUACAGCUGAACGUACCGUCUUUCGGUUGAGCGAUGGACACUUUUGUUCAUCUGAAGGUGUGCAUUUGUAUCUCAACAGUUUACUUUUGAUACAACAUUUCUACGAGAGAGCAGAUAUUUAUGUUAGUUAUGGAACAUGGAAACGACCUCAAAUGGCUG